AAAUCUAUUAUAUGACUUUGGUUUGAUUACCAUUUAAUUUCUAUUGCUGGUGUUGUUAAGAGGAGAAGGAACGUAAUCUCUGGAUAAAAGUUUAGGAAAUUCAUCCCUAUGGGUAUAUUUGGGAACAGAAUGGUGUUUUCUAGAGAUUGAGUCCAUCUUUUAUUGUUGUGUGUCCUUCACCUAACAAACAAAAGAUAGUCAAAAUAAAUGUAUCCAGCCAUUCGGAGUUUCCAGUUCAACACUGCCUGCCAUAUUUGAUAGUCCAUUUUCUCUUUGGCUUUUGUGGAGCUUACUCAUUUGACGACUGAGUCUUGAUUCAUAUGAUUCUCGUCGUAGUUAUUGAUUUCCAAAGCAUUAUACCUUUCUUUCCAAUUAGAGAAUCAGCAAAUUGGAUUUCAGGAGUGGUGGAUUCGGAGUUUCAAAAUGCUGUCUUUGGUGAAAUACCUCAGCAAACCUAUAAAAAUCCAUCAGUAUUGUGCAGUACAUGAAAAAUAUAUUGCUUCAGAUUUGGCCUCGGACAUCGCGGUUAAUGUCGGAGAUGUCAAGUUUCAUCUUCACAAGUUUCCUCUUCUGUCCAAGAGUGCAAGUUUGCAAAAGCUGGUUUCUAAUGCAAGUGAAGGGAAUUGCGACGAAGUCAACAUUCAUGACAUUCCUGGAGGACCUAGUGCUUUUGAAAUAUGUGCCAAGUUUUGUUACGGAAUGACUGUUACACUGAAUGCUUAUAAUGUUAUUGCAGCAAGGUGUGCUGCUGAGUAUCUGGGUAUGCAUGAAAGUAUUGAGAAAGGAAAUCUUAUUUACAAGAUUGAUGUUUUCCUGAACUCGAGCAUUUUCCGGAGCUGGAAAGAUUCAAUAAUUGUUCUUCAGACUACUAAGUCCCAAUCCCGCUUGUGUGAAGAACUGAAAUUGAUCAGCCACUGCGUUGAUGCUGUAGCAUCUAAGGCUUCUGUUGAUGUUUCCAAGGUGGAUUGGUCCUAUACCUAUAAUCGAAAAAAGCUUCCCGAGGAGAAUGGAAAUGAUCCUAACUUGAAUGGAAUUAGAAGCCGCAUGGUACCAAAAGAUUGGUGGGUUGAGGACUUAUGUGAGCUUGAAGUAGAUAUAUAUAAGCGGGUAGUUAUCACCAUAAAAAACAGAGGGAUUGUUUCUUCUGAAGUAAUUGGAGAAGCUGCCAAAGCUUAUGCAUAUAGAAGGUUUCCAGGCUUUAGUAAAGGUGUCUUCCAAUUCAAUGAUGUCUCCAAAUGUCGCCCGAUAUUGGAUGCUGUGGUAUGGCUAUUGCCCUCUGAGAAAGGUAGCGUCUCUUGUAGUUUCUUGUUAAAAUUGCUAAAAGCAUCAAUUUCACUUGACUCUGGAGAAACGGUGAAGGCAGAACUAGUAAAAAGAAUAGGACAGCAAUUGGAGGAGGCUUCCGUGAAUGAUCUUUUGAUUCGAGCUGCAGAUGGGGAAGGAACCCUGUAUGAUGCCCAUGUGGUCCAGAAAAUACUAGAAGCGUUUAUGAUGAGAGAUAAGGAUUCUGAACCACAGCUGGAAGAUGGAGAUGAAAUUCAGGAGGUCCGUAAGCCAGGGAUUUUAUCAGAAGCUUCAAAACUGAUGGUAGCAAAGCUAGUAGAUGGAUAUCUUACCGAAAUUGCAAAAGAUCAUAAUCUCCCUUUGUCGACAUUUGUUGGUCUGGCAGAGAUGACAUCCAAUUUCCCUCGACCAGGUCACGAUGGUCUAUAUCGUGCAAUUGAUAUGUACCUUAAGGACCACCCUGGAAUCAGCAAGAGCGAGAGGAAGAGAAUUUGUAAGCUGAUGGACUGCAAGAAGCUCUCGGUGGAUGCUUGUAUGCAUGCUGUGCAAAAUGAGAGGCUUCCCCUUCGUGUUGUUGUACAAGUACUCUUUUUCGAGCAAGUCAGGGCUAACGCCUCAUCUGGGAGCAGUACUCCGGAUCUGCCCAAAGCAAUUAGGGACCUUAACAGUGCUUCAUAUGGAAGUUCAAGAACUACAACAACUAAUACGGAAGAAGAUUGGGAUACUGCAGCCUCUGCAGAAGAACUCAGGGCUUUGAGAGGCGAGCUGGCAGCCUUACGAAUGGGAAAUGGAGGAACGAAUGACAAAGUUAAUGGUGGUGAUGCCAAGAGCCAUGCAGAUAGAGCUGCCAUGAGUAAAAUGAAAGGAUUGCUCAUGUCGAAGAGGCUCUUUUCGAAAAUCUGGUCGAACAAAGGGGGCGGACAAGGGGAGAAUAGUGGCUCAGAUUCUUCCGAGAGUCUUGGAUCUGCUAACUUGGAAGAAGCUAAGUCCACACCUUCAAGAAAAGGAAGGCAUUCAGUUUCUUAGUUCUAACAGCUUUUAGGAAUGUGCUCUUGGUGGUUUUUUUGGAUGGGUUUUUUCUUUCUUAAAAAUGAUAUUAGCAUGUCGAAAGACCAGUCAUCUUUCUCUGAAGUCUCUAGAAGAAAAUGAAGGAUAUAGUUUGACAAAAAGUUUGUAGGAUGAAAUGAAGCCUCUUAUGGGCCAACGAAAUAGAGCUUUUAUUGUAUAGAUGUUCUAACAUUUAGUUGUCCUUAGGUGGCUCUUCAAUAUUUAUGACUUUAAUGGUGUGCUACUAUCAUAAAAUUUUUUACUGUGAAUUUAGGGUUAGGCAGUCUAGGCACUCAUCAAUGUAGCUUUGCACACUCUGGCUAAAGAAAAGAUGAAUGGCAAAGGUAAGUUUAUUUUAUAUA